AUGAGUUCAGGAUAUUUGCCUAAUUUGUUGAAUGAUCUGGAGAAGAUAAAUAAAUUUAUAAAUUCAGUUGCGGAUGGAGAUAAAAAAGGGAUGCUAGAAUCUUUUAAUGGAUUUUCAUGGGACGACGAACGAGUUCGAGAUCAUUUACCAAAAUAUUGCGAAUUGAACACAGAAGAUCUAAAGUAUAUUGACAAGGUUUUUUCACAUCUGUGCCCUAAAUUCAAUCAAGUCAAUAGCCCAUCACUAAACACCAUGGCACUCUGGCUCAAAACCAGACUCCAUCUACAACAUCAAUUGUCACCUUUUCAACUCACUUAA